AUGAACGGUUCCAAUUCAACUAGACCUCCAACGAUAACUCUGGAGAGGGCGGCCAGCAUGGAGGCGCUCACCAGAGCUCGGUUUUUCGCAUUCAAUCAAAAGAGGACACUUCCACCUAGAUUAAGCCCUGUUGGAAUCCUGCUUCUAAUCUUAACAGCUGGCGUCGUAUUCAUAGGGCUAACAAUUACCAUCGUAGCUAACUGGCCUGGCCUGGCUACGUUGGGAGAGAACAGACUGAAAAUAGCGGGACCAGUCCUUCUAGCUAUCGGCUUGGCAGGCUUCAUCAUAGCUGCAAUUUAUAUGGCUGUGUGGAGUUCAAAACAAAAUCGAGAAUGGGAGAAAGAUAUGACAGAACGAGCGCAGAAAUAUCUUUCCUCUCAAAGCCAAGAACCUUUGGUAGACGACUUGAAGCCACAACACCAGCGACCUCAAGACUCCGAUGCGAACAGGUGGUCAUCUGACAGCUACAGGAACAACAACAUUCCAGCUGCUGACUUUGGUCGUGGGCGACAGCCUGGCGAGCACAGAAUGGUCAUCAAUGGAGUUCCGGUCAAAAGUGGAGACCAAUCAGGUAUGCGGAUCUCGAAACUUGACCAGGACAGCAGCUUCGACUCCCAAGUUCCUGACCCCGUACGAGUUCAGAAGAAACGACACAAAACAGACUUGAACGCUUCCGGGUCAACCAACCAGUCCUACUCGGCCGGGGAAGGGGACAUGAACAUUCCUGGUCUCUCCAGUCUCAGGGCCACAAACGGCGAUCCCUACCAGAAUUUCCAGGAACAGCUUAGACAACAGAGGAAAAUAACGACGACGACAACAACUACGACAACGACACGAAUAAUAAGAAAAAAAGAUGACGAAGACGGCUACAAACAGGGACAAAUUGACCCUAUAAGACGACCUCUAGAAAAUACAUCCUACGACCAGUCACGUGGUCUCAGGGUUCUCAUAAAGGCCGGUCAGAACACGGCUGUCCAUAUCACCCCGUCAUCCACGCCCCCAACCGGAAGUCAUCCCGCGAGGAUCUCCAUGGACACAGCCAUAUAG